CCGCCCCGCCCGGGCUCAGGAGCCGGCGGCGGGGUCGGCUGCGUGGUCGCGAGCUCAGCACCUGUUCGCUUCGGUGUGCGCGGCGGCGGCGGUCGCAACGGCCUUCCGCACCCGCUGCGGGAGCGGCGCGCGCCGGGCCGGGCCGGGCGGCGGCGGCGCUGAGCGGUGCGGCAGGUUAUUCAGCGAUAGUUAUGAACUCCCGCUUACGAGCCUUAGGUGGGAGGAUAAAUAAUAUACGAGCAUCAGAACUACCAAAAGAGAAAACUCGAUCAGAGAUAAUCUGUAAUGUCCACUUUUUGGAUGGCUCAGUACAAAGCUUCAAAGUCAAUAAGCAAGACACUGGUCAGAUUUUGUUGGAUAUGGCCUAUAACCAGUUGGGUGUCACAGAGAAGGAAUAUUUUGGUUUACAGCAAAACGAAACAUCGGUAGAUUCUUCUCGAUGGCUUGAACCAAACAAACCUAUUAGAAAACAGUUAAAAGGAGGUUUUCCCUGCACCCUUUGUUUUCGUGUAAGAUUUUUUAUACCUGAUCCCAACACGCUUCAGCAGGAACAAACCAGGCACUUAUUCUUCUUGCAGCUGAAGACUGAUAUUUUGGAAGGAAGGUUGUCAUGCCCUCUUAAUUCUGCUGUUGUCCUGGCAUCAUAUGCAGUACAAUCUCAGCUUGGAGACUAUAACUCCUUAGUGCAUCAUUCAGGAUAUCUGUCAAAUUACAACUUUAUACCAGAGCAGAACAAAGAUUUUCUUACCAAAGUAGAAUCACUACAUGAACAGCACAGUGGCCUCAAGCAAUCUGAAGCAGAGUCCUGCUAUAUAAAUAUAGCACGAACACUUGAAUUCUAUGGAGUGGAAUUGCACAGUGGUAGAGAUCUUCAUAAUCUAGAUCUCAUGAUAGGGAUUGCCUCAGGUGGUAUUGCUGUGUAUAGAAAACUCAUCUGCACAAGCUUCUAUCCUUGGGUGAACAUAUUAAAAAUUUCCUUUAAGAGGAAAAAGUUUUUUAUACAACAACGGCAAAAACACAAUGAAUCCAGAGAGCAUAUUGUUGCCUUCAACAUGUUAAAUUACAGAGCAUGCAAAAAUCUGUGGAAGUCUUGUGUAGAGCAUCACACCUUUUUUCAGGCAAAGAAACCACUACCUCAUGAAAAAAAGAUAUUAUCACACUAUUGGACCCUGGGUUCUAGAAACCCAGCAAAGUCUAUAAACAGCCAGUACUGCAGAAAAGUUAUAGGUGGGAUGGUUUGGAACUCAUCUAUGACGAGAUCUUUAUCUGUUGAGCAUCUAGAGACCAAAAGCCUUCCUUCUCGAUCGCCUCCUGUUACCCCUAACUGGCGGAGUCCUAGACUGCGUCAUGAGAUUCGUAAACCACGACACUCAUCUGUAGAUAACCUUACGAAUGAAAUUACUUAUAUUACUGAAACAGAGGAUGUUUUUUAUACCUACAAGGGCUCUCCAACAUCAAAGGACAGUGAUUCAGAGUUCUCCCAGAACCGUAGUCCACAGAGGAGGUCAUCUGAACAAGAAUCACCAAAGAAUGUAUUGGGAAAUAGUUCAACUCAGAAUUCUCUGACCUAUACCUCACCUAAAGCCUUGUCUCCGUCUCCCAAUGGAGUUGGUAACAUUUCAGGCUCUUACCUGUUGGAAGGAGUGGAUAAGCAGUUCCUAGAAACGUAUGACAACGUUACAAAAACGAGCUUAACAGAAGAUUCCAGUCAAUACUACUGCGAUAAGAAUGAACUAAUUGAGGGAGACUUACUUUUGGUGCGUAUCACACCAGAUGAAGAUGGGAAGUUUGGAUUUAAUCUAAAGGGUGGUGUAGAUCAAAAAAUGCCAUUAGUGGUGUCACGAAUAACUCCAGGAUCACCUGCUGAUAAAUGCAUUCCAAAACUGAAUGAAGGUGAUCAGAUAGUAUUAAUUAACGGCCGAGAUAUCUCAGAGCACACGCAUGACCAGGUGGUAAUGUUUAUAAAAGCCAGCAGAGAAUCUCACACAAGAGAGCUUGCACUUUUAGUCAGGCGGAAAGUAGUGAAACAGUUUGCGGAGCCCAGAUCAGAAGAUGAAUCUGAUUCCCAGAAUCUCCCAGAAUCUCUUCUUCCUAACUGUUCUGAAUAUGGUGAUACACUGGAGGAGUCUAUGGAACAGCUAAAGAAAGGGCUGGAAAGUGGGACAGUCCUUAUUCAGUUUGAGCAACUUUAUAGAAAAAAGCCAGGGUUGGCUGUUACAUGUGCAAAGGUACCUCAGAAUAUGGACAAAAAUCGAUACAAAGAUGUUCUACCUUAUGAUGCCACAAGGAUAAUAUUGCAGGGAGAAGAAGAUUACAUUAAUGCGAAUUAUGUGAAUAUGGAAAUUCCCACCGUGGGCAUUGUGAACAGGUAUAUUGCUACUCAAGGGCCUCUUCCACACACAUGUGCGCAUUUCUGGCAAGUAGUCUGGGAUCACAAGUUAUCGCUGAUCAUUAUGUUAACAACUCUCACUGAACGAGGGCGGACCAAAUGUCAUCAGUAUUGGCCUGAUCCCCCAGAUGUAAUGGAAUAUGGCAACUUUCGUGUCAGAUGCCAGUCUGAAGAUUGUACAAUUGCAUAUGUUGUUAGGGAAAUGGUGAUUACGAAUGUUAAGACAGAACAGCAACAUGCGGUCACCCAUCUCCAGUACGUUGCUUGGCCUGAUCAUGGUGUUCCUGAUGACUCUAUGGACUUCUUGGAGUUUGUGACUUGCAUGAGGCCAAAGAGAGUAAAGAACGAGCCAGUCCUUGUUCACUGCAGUGCUGGAAUCGGUCGCACUGGUGUAUUGGUCACUAUGGAAACAGCCAUGUGCUUAAUUGAAAGAAAGCAACCUGUUUAUCCACUGGAUAUUGUACGAAAAAUGCGAGACCAGAGAGCUAUGAUGGUCCAAACAUCAAGUCAAUACAAAUUUGUUUGUGAAGCUAUUCUUCGUGUUUACAAAGAAGGAUUAGUUCGACCACUGGAUUCCAGUUAGCACAGCAGUGAAGGAUGAGUCCUUUUCCCCUAAAAAGACUUUUUUGUUUUGCUUUGUUUUUAAAUCAGGGGCUUGUUUCUCAAAGCAACUAGAAUGGACUUAGAAGCCCAUGAGACAAUGGACGAGCACAUCUGAACUGUGGCACUUUAAAUUUCUGAAGAUUGCUAAUCAUGUACAGUAUAAAGAAAUCCUGUAGAUAAAAGAGCAACUGUGUGUAAUAUGCUUUAUUCACAUAGACACCAUAAACAAUCAUGGAAACCUUAGUACGUAUCUUAUCUUCUGCUGCCUUAAAACAACCUUAACUUUAGAAGUUACAAAGGUCCCAAUGUUUCUUUUUGAAAUACAAAAAGAAAAACAGUAGUAUUGAAAUAGUCCAGUUUAAGAAAGUAUUUGAUAUCUUUGUAUUGUGUGAAAGGUCAUGGAAGUUCAUCGUAAUUUUCAGGUUUGGAUACUAAAUAUUGAUGGAAGUGUAACCUUAGCUUCUAAAGUGCUAAUGAAGAGCUUCAAAGGCUAAUGCAUAACUACUGUGCAUUGACAGCUGGAGAAAUUAAAUAAUCAGGUCCCGUAAAUCUCUUAGUAAGUAUGCCAGCUGUUAUAAUAUGCUGCUUAGAAAUCACAUAUGCUGUAUGUGAUGUGCAAAAUAAUGCUGCAUUUAAGCAUUUAUGCAGAUGGUACAGUGUACAUCUUGUGUUUAUUGCAUUAGCUACUGUACUACUAUUCUUCUGUUUCUGCUGCCUUUCCCCUUUAUACUUAUAUUCACUGCUGUUUCUAUUUAUGAACAGAAAGCAUUUUAACUGAAAAUGAGGUUGAAUUCUCUUUUGCCUUGGUUUCCAUGUGUAUUUGAGUUCUUGGAUGGAAGUGUGGAUUAAUGUUGCACACAAGUACAAGACUCUUUGACUUAUUGUAUAUGCUAAGUAGCCUAAUCCAAUACUGGAAGAAAAAAUUACUACUGAUCCCAUUAAAUAUGUUGCUGCUAAUUCAAGGUGUGAAGCUUGCAAGGGCACAGGUGUUACUAGUGUUAAGAUGGUGAUAAAAUGUUGACUUGCUGCCUUUCAGCAGAAGCUGUGUUCUGGUUAUCCAGUGAAACACAACCCCUUUUGCAAGAGUUCUGCAGAUUUACUGUGUUUCUUUCCUGUAUGGAAAUGCAGCUGAAUUUGCGUGAAUUCAGGGAAAGAGAGAAUGAAUUUGUACAUUGAUAAAUAGUUCACCCUAAGGUACACUGGUCUCCAUUUCAUUUCAAAUGGGAGAAUUGGACUUUCUGAACAAUAUAACCAUAUUUGUGUGAUGUUAAUUUAUUUUGUGUGUUUUUUGGUUACCCUAAGAUAAUUCUUCAUUUUUAAAUGUUUAAAAAAUAUAUUCUAAGGGAUUGUUUAAAAUGCUAUUUAAAGAUUAAUCCUAAAUAAGGAAAAAAAUUUAUGGGGCAUAUUAUCCAGACGUUUAUAUGUGUAUAAAAGAGAAAAUUAGAUCAUUUUCUUGUUAGAUAUAUAUCUGUAUACACACACAUACCUUCAGAUAUAUUUUAGAAUUAUUGUUUGUAUUAUGGAUAUUAUCAUUUAUAUCUGGAGUUUCAUUAUAGAAACUGCCACAGCUGUACAAUAUGCAUCUCUCAUGUUACCAGAAGGUUGUGUUUUUGCUUUUUCCAGGAGAUAGCUGAAAAGUGAAUGUAGGAUAUGCUGAAUUGCAGACCCUUCUCUUCUGCAGAGUUGGUCCUUUCUUCAAGGUUGUUAUUAGUUGUAGGUGGAGAAAAGAAAGUAUCUGGUUACUAUUUAUUGAUCAAAAGAGUUUUGCUAAUUGAAACACAAGGGUUAAUUGGCAGCCUAGAAAGCUUCUGUAGGUUGAAAGGUGGGUAGUUUUGUGUUCAUGCAAAUAUAUUGCAUUCUGGAUUUUACUUACCUGAAAGCUUUAUCAUAUAUUGGAUCUUUAUCAUUGUGCAUAAUUGGGUGUGGACUGGAAGGCAAGAGACUAUAAUUCUGAUUCAGAUUCUCUAACUUUCUGAACUGCAUCAUGUCACUCAAUCUCCCUGUGCCUCAGUUACUCCAAAUGUAUAAUGAUACUGGGCAUGCAUAUUUUGUUUGGGAAGCUUUUUUGAAAAAAUAACAUGGAAUAUGUUGUACAAGUGCAUGCUGCCUGCUGUUGUUUGACAGAAUAUUGAGAAAGCCUAGAGGCUUUUUCCACAUGAGAAAUAGUGGGUACUAAAGAAUCUGUGCCUGCUAGCUGGUUGUUUAACAAAAUCUCUUUUUGUUAUCAUGUGUGUCCUUUUCUAUUAAAGCGUCUUUUUGAAACUGU